AUCCAGAAUCAAUACCGAUUCCUUUCUUCUCUCAUUCCACUUGUCUCCGAUUCAUGAUUAUUUUCCAUUCCAAGUAAGUAAACGUGCUAUAGUCUCAACCUUAAAUAGCCAUGGCAGCUUCCGCAACCGCGGCUAUCUUCUUCGGCAGCAGUUCCGGUCUAUGCCUCCUCCGCGGAGCAGAGUCCUCCAAGAGAAUAUUGUCUUCCAUGACCCAAGCAGUUUCCGAUAUUGGGUUCCUCACCAAUCAGCUCAGUGGCCUCAAAAUCUCCUAUGACGUGUCGUCUCAGCUCCCCAAGUCCCGUCUUCACUCCUUCCCUCCCUGGCUUUCAGCGCAUUGUUGCUCAAUUUGUCCUUUUACUGGGAAGAAAGCAAACUACGCAAACAAGAUUUCCUUCUCGGCCCACAAGACCAAGAAGUUGCAGUUUGUGAACCUGCCGUACAAGAGGAUUUGGUGGGAAGGCGGGAAGCGCUUUUUGAAGCUGCGCUUGUCGGCCAGAGCAAUCAAGACCAUAGAGGAAAAUGGACUGGAAGCCGUUGCCAAGAAGGCCGGGAUAGAUCUACGCAAGUGUUGAUAACACUUGGUUGGUUCAUUGCGUACAUUCUUUUUCUGAGUAACGUUGUGCUUUUCUCAUUGGCAAUGCACUCAUCUGUUUCUGCCCUUAAUUUUUAUGGCAAACCAGUAUCCUGAGAAAUGGAACGUAUGAGGUACAUUCCAACUUUCUGAUAAUAUUCAGCCACUUUCUUUUCAAGGCCAUUGUUCUUCUAGACUACAGUUUUAGGGUUGUAUUCAAUUUGCAUAAUUAUGCUUAAAAAAAUUGCUGUAGUGAGAAUGUACUCUGGUCUUUAGAUGACAUCUGUACAAGCCUUUUCAAAAAAUUGAACAAUAUUAGCAUAUGCACAUUUUGUGAAAAUGGUAAAGGUUGUUUUACUUCACACAUCUCAGUUUCUGUGAAGGAAUGCUCUAAUCCACUAAUUAAGAAAAAAAUCAAAAUGCAUAGCCAUAAAUGGCUUAACUAACCCCCUUAAUGAUGAGAAAUGCAACUUAACCACCUUAGUAAAUGAACAGAGCUGAAUUCUUCAUGUUAGAAGAACAUUCUUAGCCCAACAGAAGGUUCAUAGGUCUAUUUUGCUGUGAACCACACAAUUACAGGCUGCCUUAGUUUCCUUCUGUUGGUGAUGAUUGUUCUAAGGUUGAACAUUCACAAAAAAGGAAGAAAAUAUUAACAGCUUACUAAUUUUAUGAUAGAAGUCGAACCACAGUAAAUUGGCUUCAAAAAAGGACAGUUUCAUCUACACCCUUCCAAACAGUUGCAAGGUAACAAAAUGAAAGAUCAAGAUAAAAUUGAAUGUUGUGGGAAUGUUCUGUUUUUGUGGUUGGCAUCUGCAGCUAAGGUUAAUCUCAACCACAGGAAUCUUAACUGUGACAAGUGCAGAAUGUUGUGCAAAGAAUGGAUGAUAUUAGCCUUGGGGAAGUCAUAAAAUGAGGGAUGUGCAUCACUGUCAGCGAGUAAAAUUGCUGUUUCGAGCGGGACAUAUCAGUAGGAGUGAAAUACAAAGGUCCUUACAAGGUUUUCAGACAGUUGCUAUUUUCAUCCAGACUGGUGACUCCGAGAAAUCAGUGGCUGCGGCUGAGAGUAUUGAGACAAUAAGUGAUGUUGUGAACGAUUCUCCUAACAAGAUUUUCAUUGGUGGGAUAUCAAAGGCUCUUUCCUCAGAAAUGCUUGUGGAAAUCGUUAGUGUCUUUGGACCUUUGAAGACACACCAUUUUGAGGCCAAUGAGGAACUUAAUGAACCAUGUGCUUUUCUAGAGUAUGUCGACCAGUCAGUUACUCUCAAAGCUUGUGCAGGUCUGAAUGGUAUAAAAUUGGGAGGGAGAGUGCUAACUGUGGUUCAGGCAAUUCGUAGUGGCUCAUCCAUGGUAAAUAGUGGAAAUGCAUCACUCUAUGAGAUCCCAGAACAUGCAAAGCCACUUCUCAAACAACCUUCACAUAUACUGAAGCUUCGAAAUGUGUUCAAUCUGGAGCACAUGUCAUCACUGUCUGAACAAGAGAUUGAAGAAGUUCUGGAAGAUGUGCGAUUAGGAUGUGCCAGGUUUGGCAUGGUUAAAUCUGUAAAGAUUGUCAAGCAUGCAAACAAUCACAUUGUCACCACUAGAGCGUGUGAAGCUGUCAAUGAUGCAGAAUCUGGUGGGCACAGGCAACAUUUGUGUUCUGAAGAAAAAGGGGCAAAAACGGAGACUUUGGACCAAUAACAUAUUGAUAAUGACGGCAAGGAAACUAGUGGAGUGAAGCCUACUGGGGACCAUAAAGAAGAUGAAGUCCCAGAAAGUAAUUGCUUUGGUUAAUUGUAAACCAGCAGAUGAUUUUGUAGAGGACAAGUCAUGUCAAAUGGGCCAAACAGAUAAAGAUAUUGAAAUCCAAGGAAGCAAUGACUCACCUAAUAGGGAUCCCGAAGAACUCAGCAACCUGCCAAACAGCAUGGAAGAUGAGUCAGAGUAUUAUAAUGAUAAAACUACCGAAGUUACAACAGUAGAGAGUUCUAUUCUAGAGGAAGUUGAUGGUAAGAAACAAGAGACUUUUGCUGGAACAGAUGACAAUGUGGGAACAGAAACAGCUCUAUUCUGGCCAAAUUUUUGAACUGAGCGUGUGCUUGCAUGCACUGUUUGGUUGGUUGCUGUGACAGUUUCCUGUAUAUCCAUUUGGAAAAUCAAAAUUAGAGUUUUAUUGAAAUAUUCAGUUUAAUUUAAUCUGAGGCAGACUCUUUUAUUAUUGAAGUCGUUAUUGGAAUAUUCAGUAGGAAAUGAUGUGUGCGCUCUUUUAUUAGUGUUUGGGAAGUAGGAGUACGGCAUAAAAGAACUUUCCCCGAAAUAGGCAAAACUGGACCCCAGUAAUGGACCGUCAUGCUUUUC